AUGAAUACAACCAAAAGAAAAUUCAACGCCCUCCUGAAUGGCUUGGGAAGCAAAAAGUCGGAUUCCUCCCUAUCAGCUCUCGAAGUAAACAAAACUCCCGAAAAACCUCAGAAUGACACCGAUUCCAAUAUGAAGAAGCCACGAAUUUCAUACUCUUCUUCUACAAACGCGACACGAUUAUCUUCAUUAACUCGCGCAUCAUCGGCGGCCCCAUCCGAAUUUGAUAGCGCCCGUCAGAGAUUAGCACCCGUUCAUAAACUCUCUGCCACUCCCAUCUCGCCGGCAGAACCUCCAAAAUGGACCCCAUAUGAUCGCGGGGAAUUUCUCAAAAGAUUAAAGUCUUUCUCGAACCUAACGGAUUGGACGCCCAAACCAGCAAAGGUUAAUGAAGUCGAAUGGGCGAAGAGAGGAUGGGUCUGUCAGAAGAAGGAGAGAGUUCGAUGUUGUUUCUGCAAUGUAGAGAUAUUGGUUAAAUUAAACAAGAAAGAAGAAGAUGGGAAAGAGAAGGAAGUAUAUAUCGCGGAAAACAUUGAAAAUGCGUUGGUCGAUAAAUAUGUUGAACUUAUUGUCGCGUCUCAUGAUGAGAGUUGUCCAUGGAGACAGAGAGGAUGCGAUGAUGUUAUAUUCAAGCUACCCCUCAACAAAUCUGCAGUUACUAUCCAAACCCUUCGCGAACGUUACGAUGAACUCCAACAGAGAAUCGAUCACCUCCCAUACCUCUCUAAUAUGUCACCUCCUGAAGAUCUUGAUAUCGAUCGCGCUACAAGCUAUCUUCCCCAAGAAUUUCUCCAAUCGUCUUCUGCAUCAGGGCAGAUAAACUCUCCGAACAAUAUCAAUAAAGUGGCCUUAAUGAUGUCUCUCUGUGGUUGGCAAGGUCACAAGCAUGAUCGUCUUGGUCAACAACUUGAAUCUGUCUCAUGUCAAACAUGUUACCGAAUUCUUGGUCUCUGGAUGUUCAAAAGUAGAUCUAUUUCUGCUACAGGUGUAGAAACCGAGCCAGCUAUUGUUCCUGGUCUCGAUCCUAUCGCCCAACAUCGCGAAUAUUGUCCUUGGCGCAAUCCGGUAUCACAGAAUGGACUUGCCGCUACGCAAAAUCAGAAAUUAAGAGCGCUUGCGGGAUGGGAAGUUGUGUUACGAGUAUUGAAGAGUGAGCAUGGGUUGAGAGUUGGGAGAGAAAAGAAUGAAAAGGGUUCAAGGAAAAGUUAUAUUGCACCUGGAACGACCGAAAGUAUCGAUGAAAAUGGCAAUGAUUUAGCACCUGAUUUUGCAGAUGAAGAGGAUGCGAAGAGUAUUAGGGAUGCAAAGGAUAAGGAUUUAAUGACGAGAUUGAGAAGGGUCAAGACAUUUAUUGCGUUGAAGAAGCGACCCAGUGGAGAUGUCAAAACGAAGAGGUUUAGUGCUACUUGA